AUGAGUAGACGCCAUUGUGGCCUUAUUUUCCCUCCUGGAACAUUUCAAGCACCUAAAUUCUAUUGGCGUGGUGGUGAUGAGUUUAAGGAGCAAGAAAUGCUUCAAGCAGAAUAUAAACAAGCGAAAUUAGAACAUUCAACAGUUAAAAGAGAACUUGAAGACCUUGAAACUAAGUACAAUCAAGCUAAAACUGACUUAGCAUAUAAAGAUGAUCAAGCCGUUUCUUUGGCUUCUGCACUAGGAGGUUCUUCUUCAAGUACCGGAGAAAAUACAAAAUUAAAUAAAGAAAUUCAACAGCUAACACAAGAACUAAAUGAAAUAGAACAAAAGAUUUCAGUCGCACUGCAAAGAUCUCAGUCUGUUUACAUGGCACAACUUGAAAAAGAAAAAUCUCAAAUAUACGUCAACGUCGAACAACAAUCGCAUGAUACAGAUACAACAACCCGCGACAUCCAGAAACUUAGUAAAGAGUACUUUGACUUAAUUACAAGCGAUAAUUGGUUGAAUUCUUACGAAAUAAUUUCUGAUCACCAAAUAAAAGCAAAGGAACGAUCAAAAGUAAGACAAGAAGUUAACAAACUCUUUGAAAAUCAGAACUAUGGGCAAGAAAUUAAAAACGAAGGAACAGUUCGUGUUAGAACAACAUCUAAUCAGCAUCUUGAUCAAUUAUCAAAGCUUAUUGAUCAAAGAGAUACUUUACAGAAUCAGUUAUAUCACGCAAAUCAUAGCAGAUACAUGACACAAACAACAAGGAACAUUUUAGUUAAUUCUAAACUUGAAAUACUCAAUAAUCUUAAUGCAGCACUAGAGGAAUUAGGCCUCGAGACAAAUGACGUCAAUGCUUUGAAAGAAAAGUAUCUACCGGAAGCUCAAUCUCCUUCUUCGCCAACAGCAAAGCGUCCAUCAUCACACGCUUCAUAUAGAUCUUCUAAUAAUCCGAAGACAAUUAGAAGACCAGUUUCCAAUACUGGAAGAUAUUGA